CCUAGAAAAUACUAAUUAUAACGCCACUAGCUUUUGAUUAUUAGAUAGUCGCGCGGCCUUUAACAAUGUCCAAGUGAAUAAAUUACUGAAUAAUUUUUAAAAUUUUUUAUUGUGAAAAAAUUAAAACAAUGGCGGCCAGUCUAGCCCGAAGAGUGUCCCGAUUUUUUAAACGCAUGGGACUGGUGGGUUAUAGUAAGCGUCGGAAUAUAUUCGGAAUUCAUCCUCUAGUCAUUUCCACAACUUACAUAAUCUUAGCUCUGUUUUUGGCGGCUUUAGCCCGAAAAGUGCUCAACUUAUUGCUAAACGACAGUCUUUUCAAACGCAUGAUAUUGGAAUUUAUCGCAACUUUGGAAUUGUGUGCCGCUUGUUUCGAAUUAAUUAUCGUUGCGGACAAUUGGGGGAUUUGGGCCUACGCCCUUUAUCUCUUCAUUCUAACAAUAUGGUGGAGUUCAAGUUGGGACACUGCAACAGCAUGUCCCUACAGCCCCAUCGAGGAAAUCCUCGAAGGUUCUCAAGACGUCAGCAAUGCUGCUUUGCUCAUUUUCUCGCAGAUUUUGGGUGCUUUAGUCACAUUUCGUUAUGUACAAAUUUUAUGGGCGAUGGAAUUAGUUGAAACGCAUCGGAGUAAAGCAUUUGAGGAUUGUAUGGCCGAUUUGCAAGUGCAUAUGCUCGUGGGGGCUGUCAUUGAAGCUGGGGGGACUUGUCUUUGCCGACUGGCAUCCAGAGUUCUCAGCGAUACUCAAGUCAAAUUUGCCAACGUGUUGGAUGCGUUUUUCGCCACCAUGAUGGUGGUCGCCGCUUUUAAUUUCUCGGGGGGUUAUUACAACCCGGCCCUGGCGACUUCGUUAAAACUCGGCUGUGAGGGGAAUACUUUCGUCGAGCAUUUGGUUGUGUACUGGAUUGGGGCCACCAUAGGGUCCGUAUUGUCGGUUUUGAUUUUCAAAUCGGCUCCGGUUCAGGAAUAUAUGAGAAGUUUGAAAACCAAAGUGGAUUAAUUUUGGGUUUUUGUCCCGAUCUAGUCAUAAUUGUGAUAAAUAAAAGGUUUUUCAUUUAUAA